UCUACCACGAGCGUGAACCUUUGGCCAUUGCAUGCACCUUCUUCGUAUCUUUGACGAUACAUUCUAACUUGCGCGAGGUGCUCAACAUGCAUCGAUCCGGUCUUGACGCACUGAUCGUCGCAUCCUUGACAUGUAAGGGCGACACUGACCAAAUCUUCACUUUCCUUCUUUGACAUUCUCUCUACCCCUCUCUCCAUGCCCAGAUCUCAUUUUCAGAGGUACUCUGUCCCCACUGACAAUAGCAUGGAGUAUCCAUUGCUCCAAACCAAACUUGAAGCCUUGGCUGAACGUGUCUGGUCGAGUGAGGCGCGUCAGCGACUGCUCCAGUUCUGCGACAUGUCGACGUUGGCCACCAUGCUGCCAUUGGACAAGGCCUCGUUUUGUGUGGUCGUUGCAGAGCUAUGGAAGACGAUCGAGCCUAACUGCUUUUUCCAGCUCGCAGCUCUGGGGAGCUCAAGCAGUCGCCUUCUAACAUAUAAUAUGGCUGUUCAGACUCUGAACCUGCGCGAGGCAAGACAUUGUGAUCAAGCUUUCGAUAGAAUCCCGGAUUUGCUCAAAACGUUUCCCAGUGCUCACACUGUACUGACCGAGUGGGCGACGUUCAAGGUCACGGGCCAAGGGGUCCGCCCAAAGAUUCAAAUCACACUUGAACGGAAUCGAGCUAUCCCAGGACUCAAUAUUCCAGCAUCUGAACGUCAAAUCGCCAAGCAUUUUCCCGGCUGGAAGGUUCAAGUGCAGUACAAGUUGGGUAUCCUGGAUCAAGCAUUUGAAAAGGCAUCUUGGAGGGGCCUGAAGAAGUUCAAUGUCGAUUCAGCACUUGUCAAUCUACAAGGGAAUCUAGCGGCGUCCAUUUCCAGCCUCAAAGUAUGUGCGCCAGUGACUCUCGACGCAGUCGCAAAGUACCACCGGGCAAAGUCGCAAGCUGGUCUCCCGACUUGCGAAUACACCAUAUUCACCCAUAGCUAUGAGAUACAACACCUCAAGCAGUUCGCUCUGUCAACAAUGGGAAGUCUUCAAUUCCUCGACCUCAGAAUGCAUCCCAACUUUGAAGCAGAGGUAUCAUUGAAGCAGCUCCUGUGCGAAUUUGACUGGGCAUUCUUCUACGGCAUAAAAUGGCUGGACUUGACGGUCAAGGUGCCUCAGCUAGUGCCUGGAGUGGCGAUUGCUCCUGGGUCAGCGUUCACUUCGCCCCAGACGCCUCCCGAGGAUCUCAUCCCAGUGCACAAGGGGCUUCCGCUCAAUCUCAAAGUAUUUACCAUCCGCUUUCACUGGACCAUUGAUGAUGACAACACCCUUCCCCCUCUGAAUAUGCGCCAACUUGCCAGUGCCAUGCUAGCUGUUGGCGGACCGUCGUGCGAAUAUUCCCUCGCCCUUACCGAUCACGAUCAGGACUCGGAGAUGCAAGAGAGAUCGAGCUCCAAAGGGAGCAAGGUGCACCGGGAUGGUCGAUACGAGCCAAGACAAUCUGGCAAUAGCCCUGAGCCUUACAUCAUUUCAUCGUACAUACAGAUAUAGCACGUUUCAUUUCGCUGCAAACUUGCCAAUAGACCAAGCAGCUUUCCCAGUAAGCUUUGCGGCGCCAGCGGCUGCCUUGCCGACGCCAGACAUCA